UCUCGCUUGAUAUUCUUGGUUUUGAGAUAUGAUGAAUAGUAUCAAAUUUCUAAUAUUGUUCUUCAGUGUUACAGCAGCACAACCAUCAAAGGGACAAAACCAAUUGAUUUUUGCAGAUCAAAGACUAGCUGUAGUAUAUCCCAUUAUCCAGAAAUUUAAGAAUAUCAUCAUUCUUGAUCCUUUAGGUGUCACAAAAUCUUGGGUUGGUCCAAAUAUAUGUAAUUAUACUGGUUUCUACUGCGAAAGUCCACCAGAUAACAAAUCAGCAAUUGCUCUUGCUUCUAUUGAUUUCAUAACUGCUCCAACACUUAUUGGCUUUCUUGAUCAACUUUCAGAUAUAGCCAUUUUCCAUGCUAAUUCCAACAAUUUUAGUGGGACUUUAUCUCCAAAAAUAGCCAAUCUUCCUUAUCUAUAUGAACUUGAUAUUAGUAACAAUAAAUUUUUUGGUCCAUUUCCUAGUGCUAUUUUGGGCAUGCAUAGCCUAUCUUUAUUAGACAUAAGAUUCAAUUCUUUCACUGGAUCAGUCCCACCUCAAUUGUUCACUAAAGACCAGCUCGACGCGCUAUUCAUCAACAACAACAAUUUCAUGCAAAGAUUCCCUGAUAAUAUUGCCAGUAGCCAUGUUAUUUAUCUUACGUUAGCCAACAACAGAUUUUUCGGUCCUAUCCCACGUAGUAUUUCCAAAAUCUUGUCAAGUUUGACAGAAAUUUUGCUGUUUAAUAACAUGUUAAGUGGUUGGCUACCAUAUGAAUUGGGAUUCUUGAAACAAGCAGUAGUAUUUGAUGCUGGCAAUAAUAGACUAACCGGUCCACUUCCAUUUUCGUUAGUGUGUUUAGAGAAAGUUGAAGUAUUGAAUUUUGCUGGAAAUAAGUUGUAUGGUAUAGUGCCGGAUGUGAUUCCUUUAUAUUGGAAUGGGUGAAGGGUCAAAUGGUUUGGUAAUUCCUCAUGAGGGGAUGAAUCGAGAGAAAUUUGAAUCAGAUUUGUGGCCUGGGAAAUUUGGCUAAUUUAUCAUUGUCUGAUUACUAUUUUACAGGAGCUGGGCCAAUAUGUUUGAGUUUGAUAAGAAAUGGAGUACUUGAUGUGAAGAAUAACUGUAUCCUGGUCUUCCAUUCCAAAGAUCAAUUGCUGAAUGUGUAGAAUUCUUUGCCUAUCCAAGGACAGUACAUGACAACAUUUACUCAUAUUCCUUGUUGGCUAUCCAACUUCAAAUCUCCUCUACAUCUUUCUGAAUUGGCUCCUUCUCAUUUCUAGUAUACAUCAGUCCUUUUUCUUUUGUGGUUUAAACUUGUAUUUACAUGGAACAAGUGUGCAUGCACAACUGUUUGUACAUUCAUCUGCCUUAAUGCAAUGACAAACGUCUCCUGUUUCCGAUGGA